ACACAACGUAGUGCUGGUCCAGUCCACUGAUUCCGACGUGUUGAUGGCCGUGACUGUCGCGCGUGGCUGGCCAUCAGGGGGAGGGCCCGACCUCCCCUCCCUCACGCGGAGGGGAAGGAGUGGCACCCCUUCCUUGCAUUUUCAAAGGAAAAAAAAAAUGCCACAGGCACGGACCGCACUGAGCAAGCUUAUACUCCUUAGGGCCAUGUUCGUCACGAUAUUAGCAGGCGUGGAUGGGGAUGGACGUCGCUUUGAUAGGUUCCACUUCCUCCCUCCCCCCCGACGCGCACCAGGCCGGCUUCUUGCUAUACCUUCUCCACGCACGUCUUUCGUCGCUCUUCCCGCUGCCACGCCGGAAGAUGAUAAUGCGCCCAAGGUAUCUGUUGGUAUCAACAGCGGCAUUGCUGCCACAAAUUUGAUCCCUCCUGCUCCCUCUUCAUCCCCUAAAGAGGCCAAGGCCCUUGUCCGAAGCCCAAGGGAGGGGCGAGCCUCUGUAGGACGCAUAAUACCGUUCACUCGCGGGGCAAUAAUGCGGCACAAACAAGCCAGCCCCCGUAGCAAUCCCUCCCGGCCCGCGGAAGAUGAAGAGCGUCGAGCUGUGUGCGACCUAUCGCCCGACCUGCCCACCUUCCACACCGUGAUGAAGGUGUACGCAGACGAGCGGGACCCUGAGGGGGCGGAGAUGGUGCUGGGAUGGCUGCUGGCUCGCGGGUUGUUGCCAGAUGUGGUGACGUACACGACGUUGAUGCAUGCGUAUGCCGGACGGGGUGACACGGAGGGUGCAGAGGCUGUGUUGCGGAGGAUGCUGGAGGGCGAAGGAGGGAGGGUAAGGGAGGAGGAGGUGCUGCGCGUAUUGCCCAACGUCAUGACAUACACGACCCUGAUGACAGCCUACGCUGCGGGGGGGGACGUGGAAGGCAGCGAGGCGGUGCUGGAGCGGAUGGAGGAGGCGUGCAUUGCGCCCAACGUGAUGACGUACACGGUCUUGAUGACGGCCUACACCCUCCGCGGCGACGUGAAAGGGGCCGAGGGCGUGCUCCGGCGCAUGAUCUCCGCCUACGUGGCCCCCAACGCAAACACGUACACCACGCUCCUGCACGCGUACACGGUGAACGGGAACGCGGCGGGCGCCGAAGAGGUCUUGGCGCGAAUGGAGGCAGCCGGCGUCCUCCCCACGGCCCUGACCUUCGCCACGCUGAUGACAGUCUAUGCGGCCCGCGGAGAGGUGGAGUCCGCGAAGGGGGUCUUGGCCAGGAUGGAGGCGGCGGGGGUGGGCCCCACGGCCAUGGCCUUCGACACGCUCUUGAAUGCUUACGUCGUGGCGGGGGACGUGGGCGGGGCCGAGCAAGUUUUGCGUCGGCGGGAAGCGGAAGCAUACCCGGAUUUCCCCCUGACCUACAACACCUUGAUGAACGGGUACGCAGACAAGGGAGACGUGGCGGGGGCGGAGGGGGUGCUGGCGCGCAUGCGGGCCAAAGGCGUUGGGCCCGAUGAGACGACGCUGUCAACCUUGCUGCACGCAUACGCGGAGGCGGGAGACCCCUUGGGGGCGGAGGCGGUCCUGCUCCGUGUCCAGGGGAAGGGGGGAGAGAAGGGGGACGGGGGAG